UUGUUCGGUCACGAGACGGGCGCCGCCCGAGGCCAAACCCUGCUUCGCUGUUCGCCGUGCGCCCGCCCGCCUCGCGAUUCCCCUGACGUCAGCAAGUCCUCCCGCGCCCACGCUAUAUCGCGUCACGUACGCGCGCGCGUCCCGUUGCGUCCUCCGCCCGUGCCCAUCCAGUCUCGCUCUCGCUCUCGCCUCGUCCGGCCCAGCCCUUGCCGCUCGAUAGGAGCAGUCGGUUACGGAGAUCCGCUCGCUGGGUUGAGCGCCAACAAGUCCACCCAGGAUCCAGCACCGACGAAGAAGGGCGUCAUGGCCGCCGGCGGCGGCGACAGCGACAUGGGCCCGAUGGCGAUGGCGCCGCCGUCGCACGGGGCCGCUCACGCGCCGCCGGCGGGGGCGGGCAAGGCGGUAGCGCCGCCGGCGGGCCCGCACAUGUCCAUGAUGCACAUGACCUUCUUCUGGGGCGACCGCGCGGUGGUGCUGUUCCCGGGGUGGCCGGGCGCGCGCGGCGGGGGCGCCUACGCGCUCUGCCUCCUCUUCGUGCUCGCGCUCGCCGCGCUCACCGAGGCGCUCGCCGCGGCCUCGCGCUGCGUCGCGCGCCGCCGGGGCCGCGACGCUGGCGGUCGCGGUGGCGGCGUCCCGGCGUCCUCGGCCGCGCUGCUCACGGCGGCGCACGCCGCCAGGAUGGGGACGGCGUACCUGGUCAUGCUGGCCGUCAUGUCCUUCAACGGCGGCGUGCUGCUCGCCGCCGUGGCCGGGCACGCGCUCGGCUUCCUCCUCGCGCGCAGCAGGGUGCACCCGGGGAGCGGCGCCGCCGCCGACGCCGCCCGUGAGCGCGAGCUCGCCGCUGGCCCGGAUGGCUCCAAGGCCUAGACUACAGUGCAACUGCAGCUGGGUUAAAGAAAUGGCUGUCUCCUGUGUUCUUUUGCUGUAGGCAUCUGAAAAUUGUGAAAUCUGGAUACUCUUUCCAGGACUGAAAUGCCAUUGCUGCCAUCUCAUUGUCCUCUUGUGCUAUGGAUUAUGCUGAAACAUGUCA